CAAGAGAGCUGCGAAUGUGAUUGGUUAACACACCCGGAACAAAUGAACCGCACCCACAGGCUCUCUGAAUUCUACUUCUGACCACGGUUUAUAAACAGAUAACCAUGGCAUCCCGUGGCAAAACGGAGACUGGUAAAUUGAGGCAGAAUAUGGAGGAGCAGCUUGACAGACUGAUGCAGCAGCUUCAAGACUUGGAAGAAUGCAGAGAAGAGCUGGAUGAAGAUGAGUAUGAAGAGACAAAAAAGGAGACAUUGGAGCAGCUCAGUGAGUUUAAUGACUCCCUGAAGAAGAUCAUGACCGGGGACAUGACACUAGUGGAUGAACUGGGUGGCAUGCAGCUGGCAAUCCAAGCUGCCAUCAGCCAAGCAUUCAAAACACCUGAGGUCAUCCGAUUAUUUGCCAAGAAACAGCCGGGGCAAUUAAGGACCAGGCUAGGAGAAAUGGACAGAGAUGUCAUGGUGGGGAAAUUGUCACGGGACAUCUACACUCAGCAGAAAAUGGAAAUCCUCACAGCCUUGAGAAAACUGGGCGAGAAGCUUACUCCAGAAGAUGAGUCGUUCUUGGCAGAAAACGCUACAGCAACUCUGAGCCAGUUUGAAAAAAUCACUGCAAAUUUAGGAUCUGAGGAUAAAAUUAUGGCCUUAGCUAGCUCUGGUGUGAAAAGCAAAGCAUAAGUCAUUUCCAGGGAUGGGACAAGAUUUCGUGGCACAAGAUCUGGCAAGACAAAAUAGCCACAAGAUUGUCCAUACAUGAGAAAUACGAUUUUUUUAGCCCAUGUGUUUACAUUUGGUUUGGGCAAAAAGUGUCGGUGAGUAACAUCUCGUAUAGUUCCAAAAAACAGUACUAGAAUGACAAAAAAUAAAUAAAAAAAUUGUGAGGACAAAAUUGGAAACUGAAUCACAAAAUUUAUAUAUUAGGACUUAUGUUCAGAUCUUAAAGUCUCGUUCUCAUGGUCCCAAUUUCAUGUCUCAUCUUGUGGAAAUUGUGUCUUGUCCCACCCCUAGUCAUUUCUGUGUGAAUAUGAUAUGUGCCAAUUUACUCUUUAUUGUAAAUAACUGGUGCACUUUGGUGUGGCUAUUUGAGCUAACACUUUUUAUAGUGUUCUUUUAUAACUUUUGUAAAUGUAUUUUAUCUGUCCAGAAUGAAGUAGGUAGUCCUAAGGUACAGACGAAAUCAAAUACAAAGAUGCGUAAAUGAAUGUGGUUUACCGUGUUGGCACAAUGUGGAUAUUAUCUGUAAUUAUGUAUGUAGUAUUUCUAUUGUGUUUCGUAUAGAAUAAACAAUGUGUGGAUCUGAACUUCUUGAAACUUUGUGUUUUCAGUUGUGAAGUUCUUAAGGAUAAAAAGUGUUAAGGUUAAUGUAAGAUUUUUUAUUUGUUUGCACAUUUCAUACACAUAACUGAACGCACCUUUUAUAGAUGUAAGAUUUCACAGUUUGGCAGUUUAAGUAACAAUGUGUAGAAUUUAAGUAACUAUAUUAUAACACAGAUACCGAGCAAAAAAAUGUAGUAAAACUUAGUAGAUUUUUUUCUUAUUUCAGUAUUUAAGUACCUGUUGAACCUGUUGCUGAAAUGUACUUCAAGAGUAAAAAGUAAAAGUAUUUUGCACAGAUUUUAAGAUGUAUUGAAUCUUGAAAUGUAGUGAUUUUAAUAAAGAUUUGUGCUGAAUUUUGAU